GACUCAGUUAGGUAUAUAUUUAGUAAAUUUAGAAGUGCCAAAUAUUCAGAAAUAGUUUGCUGUAGAAGAUUUUAAACGGAAAGCCGAUGCCAUGCCAUAUCAGGGGGAAAUAGUUUUAGUUCCAUUUUUGCAUUUUGAUUAUGUUUUUGCUAUUGUUACUUAUUUUAAAUUGUAUGUGCUAUGUUUUUUUGUAUUAAAAAAAUCAAAAGGAGGUGUUUAGUCCGUAGGCGUAGUUUAAUUGCGAAUCGUGCAUAUCUAUAGUGCCGGCGCUAUAGAUAUCUUUGGAAGAUUCACCGGACUGUUUCGAAAACAAAAACAAAAAUAAAAUUAUAUUGUAUUAAAUGUAUUUAAAAAAUUUGUUUAGUAUGGAAAACGAACAAUCCAGCAACAUCAAGCGCUUUGAGUUUGCUUCAGAACAACCUCAGCCACAGGAACAGACGUUGACAUCAGAGGAACGCAUAAUUGCGGCUUUCAAAAAAGAAAAUAAUGAACUCCAUAAACAACUCGACUCGCUGGAAAAAAAAUUUGACGUAAUGGCGGAAGCUUUGGCGGGGGCGGUGGCCAUGUUAAAAAUUGGGGUAAAGAAAUAUCCAAAAGCCCCCAAAUGCCACUUCCCAAUAAAAUCUAAAGUUGAAUUAGAGGCAAUGAACAACGCCAUAUGUGAGGAGCUCAUCGAAUUCUAUUUUUAUUUUGUAAAUUUUUGUUGGUUCUUAGACAACGAAGGUGAACAAUAUUUUGGGAACAGCGCCAUCGUUACCAAAAUGUUUGAAAAAUGUGCUCGACGAGGAGGUCCUACUGGAGUAUAAUUUAGACGGGCGUCAGGAAAGAGCUCCCUAAAAAUUUUAAAAAAUUUGUAUAAAGCCCUGGAAAUGGCUAUGCAGCUGAAGAUCCCGAAUGAGCCAGCUGAGAAGACACUUCGAAAGGCGGUGCACAAUAUAAAAAAUAGUGCAAUCCAGAAGGUAUCCAUGGCGAAGAAAUUUAAGACUCAGGGCCAGCCAGAUGAUACCCAAAUUUAAAUUUAAUACAAAUAAACAAA